AUGACUAGAAAGAGAAAAGGGCCAAGGACCGAGCCCUGUGGCACUCCACUCUCUACCCCUGCCACCUCAGAAAUUCACAGCCACCUCAACCAGGUUCCUCACUCUAGUUCACAGCCACCUCAACCCGCUUCCUCACUCAAGUUCACAGUCACCUCAACCCGCUUCCUCACUCCAGUUCACAGCCGCCUCAACCCGCUUCCUUACUCCAGUUCACAGUUAUCUCAAUCCACUGCCUCACUCCACUUCACAGCCACCUCAACCCGCUUCCUCACUCCAGUUCACAGCCACCCCAACCCGCUCCUCACUCCAGUUAACAGCUGCCUCAAUCCUCUACCUCACUCCAGUUCACAGCCGCCUCAACCCGCUUCUUUACUCCAGUUAACAGCUACCUCAAUCCACUGCCUCACUCCACUUCACAGCCACCUCAACCCGCUUCCUCACUCCAGUUCACAGUCACCUCAACCCGCUUCCUCACUCCAGUUCACAGCCGCCUCAACCCGCUUCCUUACUCCAGUUCACAGUUACCUCAAUCCACUGCCUCACUCCACUUCACAGCCACCUCAACCCGCUUCUUUACUCCAGUUCACAGCUACCACAACCCGCUUCCUUACUCCAGUUCACAGUUACCUCAAUCCACUGCCUCACUCCACUUCACAGCCACCUCAACCCGCUUCCUCACUCCAGUUCAUAGCCGCAUCAACUCGCUUCCUUACUCCAGUUCACAGCUACCUCAAUCCCCUACCUCACUCCAGUUCACAGACGCCUCAACCUGCUGCCCCACCUCCUGCUUUUAAACAGGUCACAGGCACCUCAACCCACUGUCUCUCAUCAAGUAACAGCCACCUCAACCCUCUCUUUCACAUCGCCACAGCCGCCUGGACCCCCUGGCUCACUCCAAGUAAUAGCGGAUUGGGAUCCUCUCGGCUCUCAAAUUCAUGA